CUAGCUACGGAUAUCAUUCGCAAGCCAAUCUCACAGGGCCGCCUCGGUUCUCUCCACUAAAGAGAUAAACUUGCUGUAGCGCCCGUUAUCGUUAUCUGGCAAGAUACCGGAGGCCUGACGUACUUUGUGACCGUAUAAGAGGGUCAAGUAUUGCUGGCAGAAAUCAUUUCAGAGCCACGUCGCCUGUACAUGUUCUUUGCCCUCGCCUCGCCGAAAGAGCCUUUACCUGUAUCAGUACAAGCAGUUUACGAAGAGAGACAAACGGUUGUGAACAAGAGGACUUCGAGGAUGAUCCCCGAGAAUUGGAAGACGAAGGAAUAUUGGAACAAGUUUCAGGUUCCGAAGGAUGAAGAUGCGAAUUAUGAGAACACCACCUGGUGUAACCGUGAUUUGAUCCCCAUCCCUCCCGACCGUCGCACCUGGGAUGUAUGGGGCUACUUUGGCUACUGGACUGUCUCCGGAUCAUGUGUCUCAGCUUGGACCAUCGGCUCCACUAUGCUCGCCUUUGGUCUCAACGCAAAGCAGGCCAUGGCUUGUGUUACCGUCGGCGGUGUCCUCACUGGUUUCCUCGCCGUUGCGUGUGGAUGGAUGGGCGAAGUUCACAAGAUUGGCUUUACGGUAUCGUCAAGGUUCAGUUAUGGUAUGCGUGGUGCGUACUUCACAGUCAUCAUCCGAGCUUUCAUCGCGAGUAUGUGGUUUGGAAUGCAGGCGUACUGGGGUGGACAAGCAAUCAAAGCGGUGAUAGGUGCUGUGAUCCCGGGUUUCAUUCAUGGUUCGUUGAAUGACUAUACGUCUGCUUCCUCGCACCUGGCGAAGAACGACUUCAUCGGGUUCAUCUUGUUCCUCCUUGCUUUCUUUGGGAUGGUCCUCAUUCCGCCGGAGAGGCUCCAGCUCCCCUUCGCUCUCUCUUUCUUCGCCUUUACAGGAGCGUGUUUCGGGAUCCUGGGUUGGGCUGUACACACCGCGGGCGGAGCUGGACCUUUGUUUGCCAGUGACGCCGCCAAUGAAUCCGGUCUUUCUACAGGCUGGGGCAUCCUAUACGGUAUCACUGCACUUCUCGGGUCCUGGGGUGCUGGCUGCUUGGGGCAGAGCGACUGGACGAGGUACGCCAAGCGUCGCGGUGCUCCGAUCUUGUCACAGAUGUUGGCUGCACCUCUGACUAUCACCAUCACUGCCUUGAUCGGUGUCAUUGUGACUUCUUGUGUCAAGGAGAUCAUGGGUGAGAUCGUCUGGAAUCCCAUCUACCUCUUGCCGAAGAUCCAGGACUACUAUGGAUCCUCGCCAGGUGCACGCGCAGGUGUCUUCUUUGCUGCUCUCGGACUCGUUUUGAGCCAAAUGUCUAUUACGGUCGUGCUGAACUCCGUCUCCACCGGUAUGGACCUUGCCGGGCUUGCCCCUAAGUGGAUUAACAUCGUUCGUGGCUCCUAUUUGAUGGCAUGUAUUGGCGUCCUUACUCAACCCUGGCAACUCCUCGCGACGGCGACGAAGUUCUUGACCGUUCUCUCUGGUUUCGGAAUUUUUGUUGCGCCCAUGACUGGUGUCAUGUUGGGUGAUUUCCUGGUCGUGCGUCGCCAAAAGCUGAAGAUCCCAGACCUUUACACCGACGACCGUCGCGCUAUCUACUGGUAUCCCAACAAAUAUUGCGACGGAAUCAACUGGCGUGGGUUUGUUGCGUUCUUCACUGGCGUUAUUCCUCUUCUGCCAGGACUGAUUGCCGCGAGUGGUAUCGAGGGCAUUCCCAUCGGAUUCAGCCGUCUUUACAAUCUGACGUUCAUUGUCGGCAUUGCCAUCAGCUUUGUAAUGAUGAUUAUUCUCUGUAAGAUCAGUCCUCCACCUGGUCUUGGAGAAGAAGCUCAAUGGUUUGAGAUCACACCGUUGGAGGGCCUCUCACCUACGGAGAGUUCGGAGAAGACCAUGACGGAUAAGGAGAAGGAGAUUAGCAGAAUGAACGUGGUUACGUACGAUGCGUGAGAUAUCUAUAGUACUCUUUUGUGCUGUUUCUAUGUGGUUAGCUUAAAAUUUGGUCUGGUUAAUUGGCGAUGUUUGCUUGAUACCUAUACUACUUUCUUUCUUGAAUUUUCCACAAUGGUCUUCCCCGACUGGCUAACCCUCCAAUCAUCUGCUCAUCUCAUCUUCCUCCAGGGCCAAGUUGCUGACCAGGAAUUUGGUGCUGACAAAGUAUUCGUGUAGCCGGUUGAGUGGGCCAGAUAACUUUUGC